AUGGCUGAUGUGUUCGACUACAUUAUCGUUGGCGGCGGUACCGCUGGACUCACCGUUGCGGCUCGUCUGACGGAGAACUCUACCACCACGGUUCUGGUCCUAGAAGCCGGGGCUGAUCACACAUCCGACCUGAACGUUCUUGCACCAGGUCUGUUCCCAGUCAUGUACGGCAAUCCUGAGUAUGAUUGGGACUACAAGACUGUUCCGCAGUCCGCCGCGAACAACAAAGUCGUCGCCCACAUCCGCGGCAAACAGCUCGGGGGCUCCAGCGCGAUGAACUUCAUGUUCUGGACGCACCCCUCCAGACGAGACAUCGACGGCUGGGGCGAGCUCGGAAACAAGGGCUGGUCGUGGGACGAGCUGGCCCCCUACUUGCGAAAGUCUGAGGCCUUCGUCGCACCGACUGAGCAGCAGACGGCUGAUAUGCUUCUCGGCUACGUCGACCCGAACUCCCACGGUACCGCUGGGCCCAUCGUCAACGAGUUCCCACGGCUUCAGAGCCCUCUUCUGCGGGCCUGGCCCAGGACGCUUAAGAAUCUCGGCCUGGCUGUGAGCGGUGACCCCAGAGAUGGUAGGACUUUGGGCGGAUAUGUCAACCUGCUCAAUAUCAACAGCGCGACGCGGAGCUUCGCUGCCAAUGCCUAUCUCGGCCCCGCGCGACAGCGGCCAAAUCUGAAGGUGGUCACUGGUGCCUUCAUCACCAAUAUCGUGUUGAAUAGAAGUGGCGGCAGGGUUGCGGCUACCGGCGUCAGGUGGACCAAGGACGGCUCGACUUACGAGGCAACGGCCGCGAGAGAAGUCGUCCUCGCUGCGGGAUCCAUCGCCUCACCCCAACUUCUCGAAUGCUCUGGCAUCGGCGAAGGGAGGCUGCUACGGCAGCAUGGCAUCGAGGUAUUCGUUGAUAACCCGAACGUCGGCGAGAACUUGCAGGACCAUGUUUACGUCCCACUUGGAUUCGCUACAAAGCCGGGCGUUCCGACCAACGAGGACUACGCCAACGCAAUCUACUUCCAAGAACAGCUCGAUCUCUACAUCCAGAAUGAAACGGGCCGUCUCUCCUCGGCAGGCGCUAGCUCGGCUCUUCUGUCGCUCAAGCAGAUUGCCUCGACACUAGAUUUCGAUACCCUCUCACUUGGACUGAAGACCGGAAAGCCAGGCCUGGAUGAGCAAUAUCGCCUCCUCAUCCGCGACCUAAAGUCAGAAGCCAUAGCGCAAGAACUCACCAUAGAGGGCGGCAUCUCCCCUCAGUUCUCCUCGGACACGACGAAGCUCUUCUCCGCCAACACUCCAGCGAACUACCUCUCUAUUCUCGGCGUCCUGGAGCACCCCUUCUCCAGAGGCUCCGUCCACAUCCAGUCCGCGGACCCCGCCAUCCACCCUAACAUCGACCCGUGUUACCUGUCCAACCCAGCCGAUGUCAGCUUGUUGAAAGCCAUCGCGCUCCACGUGCAGACCGUCGCCCGUACUAAGCCGCUCAGUGAUCUGCUUCAGGGCGAUGGCACGGUGUACCAGCCUGGAUACCACGAGCUGACGGCGCUGAACGCGGAAGAGUGGGUGAGGAGCAGCGUGCAGAGCGAGUACCACCCCUGCGGCACAUGCGCGAUGAUGCCGCUGGCCAAAGGCGGAGUUGUUGAUGAGAAGUUCAGGGUCUAUGGCGUGGAGAACCUGAGAGUUGUGGACGCGAGCGUGUUUCCCCUGAUUCCGAGGGCCAACAUCCAGGUUCUUGUUUACGCGGCAGCAGAGCGAGCAGCAGACUUUCUCAAGGAGACACAGCGUACGACUUAG